GCGAAGAAGGUAGUCGUUACAGAGGCUCCUGCUAUAUCACCCCGCAAGCGAAAAAGUAUCAGUGUUGAUAUGGAGAUCCCUGAAAUUGCUAAGGCUGUGACUAAGAAACCUCGCAAGAAAGUCCAAGAUAAUGAUAAAGAAGCCGUCGUUCCAAUAACGGACUAUACCAAAUGUAAGCAAAUACUUCAGCACCAGCCAGCAUCGUCACUCUGCAACUGUAGCGUUACUGACAUGUCUCUUAGUAAUUAAAGAUAUUUUGACGUCGACAUUGACAUCGAUUCCUGAAGACAUGGUUCAGCAUUUUGAGAGCGCUCGGAUAUACACUACGCUGAAAACGGAUUUACUGUUGCACGCUCUGGAUGCGGUAUGCAGUGAACUCGAUACUCACAAUGUGAUGCCAGAGACUGGUAUUAUAUUUGAAGAAGAAUUCGGUAUUUCUGAAUGGCUGGUUGUAUCGCUUACGGAUAGCCUGGAUGUUCGAGAGAAGCGACUGAUCUGGUUUUUGUAUGCGCUAAGCAGCCUCAAUCCCACGACUCGUUUUUUCGAUCGCCUUUGCACUUGGCUAUCAACUACAACUAUAACACAAUUGUCUGCUCAUACAAGCAAAGCAUGUCGCCUUAGUCGGAUAUUCAUCAAUCUAUGCAAAGCGGCGGAUGAUCUGGGAAGGGCUCGAGUGUUUUGUUACGAUCUGUUGCGCGAAUCCACACCAACAUUUCGGCCUGUAGUUAUUUUGGCCAACUUUGCGUAUUCAUGGAACUCGACACUAGUUUUGACUUCAAGUACUCAACCGACACCCUUGCCUGCGGAUAACUUGAUACUCAAGAGUGUCCAGUUGAUUGUAAAGAAACUAGCACAAGAUCACCUGCAUGAUCGAAGAAUCGUUAUUUCCUUGGCACACCUUCAAAAAUGCUGCCAAUGGCCUCCCCUACAACAAAUUGGUAAUUUGGUAGACUUUCUCGAUGACUUGAGUAGCUCCAUUCUGCACCCUGAGUUUCCAAAACUGAAAGAUCAAGACCCUGGUAAGUGACCUGCGCGUCACAUAACAGUCCUAUGUUGAAGUUGUAUUGACCCGUCAUUUUUUGACACAGGCAAAUUUCAAGAACAUCGAUUUAAUGUUUUGAAG